AUGGAGAAAGAAACCGCUGAAAUUCGCCACCCUUUACUGAAGAGAAGAAUCUGGCUAGGGACAUUCGAGACAGCCGAGGCAGCGGCACGAGCAUACGAUGAAGCGGCAAUCUUGAUGAGUGGACACAGAGCUAAAACAAACUUUCAAGUAAUGAAGAACGAUAACAGUACUACUGAUCAUGACACAAAUUCAAGUAAAGACACUCUAUUAUCUCCACCAGAACUUUCAGACAUACUAAGUGCAAAGUUGAGAAAAUCCUGCAAAGAUCCAUCUCCUUCACUCAUUUGUUUAAGGCUCGACAACAAUAACUCCCAUAUCGGAGUAUGGCAAAAACGAGCAGGUAGACAUUCCGGUUCACAUUGGAUUACGAGAGUCGAGCUCGGGAAGAAGAAGACGACAUCUCAAGUUUCAAAUGAUAACUCGCAGUCUACAUCUUCUGGAUCAGUAUCAUCAUCCGACCCGGAUGAAAAUAUUCAAGAUGGAAUGGAUGAAGAGAAUAUGGUGGCAAUGCAAAUGGUUGAAGAACUACUCAACUGGAAUACUUGUAUUCCUUCACUUGGAAAUGAACUCAAUGGAGGAGAACCUCCCAGCAUAUUUAGCCCUUAG